ACAGAUCACCGACAUGGACACUACCAGAGUUCUGCUAAUCAUAGGAAUCGUCAUACAAUGUUUGACGUUGGCCCUGUCGGCACCGGUUGGCGGAGAUGCAGUCAUGGACCUUCCACCGGGUGGUGAUAUGUUUCUGAAGAAAGCUCUGCUCUCCGCAUAUGAAAAAGAAUUAGAAAACUUAGAAGCUCUCGAGAUGGACCUCAAAAAGAACAUUGCAUCAAUCCUCAACAAAAAAGAGGAACUGCGCAUGAGAAAGCGGCAGCCAAUCCAAUGCUUGAUUAGUGCAGUAUCUUGUUAUGGCAAGAAGAAAUAAAUCAGGACGGUGCCGACCAUACAUUAUGGUGGAAACAAGAAAGGCAAUACACGCCCUAC